AUGUCCAAGAUGCCGGCCAAGAAGAAGAGCUGCUUCCAGAUCACCAGUGUCACCACGGCCCAGGUGGCCACCAGCAUCACCGAGGACACCGAGAGCCUAGAUGACCCGGACGAGUCACGCACAGAGGACGUCUCCUCCGAGAUAUUCGACGUUUCUCGUGCCACGGAUUAUGGCCCAGAGGAGGUCUGCGAGCGCAGCUCCUCCGAAGAGACGCUCAACAAUGUUGGGGAUACGGAGACUCCCGGGACCGUCUCCCCAAACCUCCUUCUCGAUGGGCAGCUGGCGGCCGCGGCGGCUGCUCCCGCCAACGGAGGAGGAGCCGUUCCGGCCCGGAGCGUGGCUGGGGCGCUUGCCAGUACCCUGCCGGCGGCCGCCACCGCGGCCCCCGCCUCCGGGGCACCGGGCGGAACCCCGGUCGCGAGCUCAUCCGCCGGGCCAGGAGCUGCAGCCCCAUCUCAGCCCCCCACCACUUGUAGUUCUCGUUUUCGAGUGAUCAAGCUGGACCACGGUAGCGGGGAGCCCUAUCGACGAGGCCGAUGGACGUGUAUGGAAUACUAUGAGCGGGAUUCAGACAGCAGCGUCCUGACCCGUUCUGGGGAUUGCAUUAGACACAGCAAUACUUUUGACCAGACUGCGGAACGGGACAGUGGCCUGGGCGCCACUGGAGGGUCGGUGGUGGUGGUGGUGACCUCCAUGCAGGGGGCGCACGGGCCCGACUCAGGAACUGACAGUUCCUUGACUGCUGUGUCACAGCUACCCCCGUCGGAGAAAAUGAGCCAGCCCACUCUGGCCCAGCCGCAGAGUUUUAGCGUUGGGCAGCCACAGCCGCCGCCGCCCGUAGGUGGGGCUGUGGCUCAAAGCUCGGCUCCGCUGCAGCCGUUCCCGGGAGCCGCGGCCGGGCCGCAGCCAAUCAUGACAACCGCGCCGCCAAGUCAGCCCCAGGGAACCGGGCCUGGCGGCGCCCCUCCGGGACCCGGUGGACAGGGUCUGCCGCCGAUGAAUGUAACCCUAGCUCAGCCGGCCUUGUCCCUGCCUCCGCAGCCUGCCGUCGGCGCUUCUGUCACGCAGCCGCCCCAGCAGUUCUAUCCUCAGCCUCAGAUACCGCCGGGGCAUUUGCUGCCCGCCCAGCCCUCCGGCCAGAGUGAGUACCUGCAGCACCACGUGGCCGGCCUGCAGCCGCCCAGCCCUGCGCAGCCCUCUUCCACCGGCGCCGGAGCGAGCGCCGCCGCUGCGGCCAGCCUGUCGGUGAGCGCUGGCCAGAAUGCCUGCUCGGUGGGUGCGCAGUUAAUGGGCGCGUCUUCCCAGCCAAGUGAAGCCGUGGCCCCGGGGCCGGGACCAGCGCAAGGCGGGCAGGCCGCGCCUUGUCAGUCGGCUGUAGUGACCCCGGCUUCUGUGGGAGGUGUGGUGCAGCCCGGCUUGGGUCCCACCGGGGCUGGGCAGCCCCAGUCUGUGCCUCCUCCGCAGCUGGGUGGCAGUGGUCAGCUGCCAGCCAUGCCUGGUGCCCCUCAUGCCGUGGUGCCCGGAGUUCCAAACGUGCCUGCAGCCGUGCCCGCUCCAAGCGUGCCUAGUGUGUCUACCACUUCUGUUACUAUGCCAAAUGUACCCGCUCCUCUGGCCCAGUCGCAGCAGCUGAGCAGCCAUACGCCAGUCAGCAGGAGCAGCAGCAUCAUCCAGCACGUUGGGCUGCCUUUAGCGCAAGGCACACACAGUGCACCAACAAGUCUACCACAGUCUGAAUUAAGCCAGUUUCAGACUCAGACCCAGCCUUUAGUCGGGCAAGUUGACGAUACUAGAAGAAAAUCAGAACCCCUACCUCAACCACCACUUUCUCUCAUUUCUGAAAAUAAGCCUGUUAUGAAGCCUCCUGUUGCAGAUGCCCUGGCAAACCCCCUUCAGUUAACACCUAUGAACAGUCUGGCCACCUCUGUAUUCAGCAUAGCUAUUCCUGUUGAUGGUGAUGAAGACAGGAAUCCUUCAGCUGCUUUCUACCAAGCGUUCCAUUUGAACACGUUACAGGAAUCAAAGAGCCUCUGGGAUAGUGCAUCUGGGGGAGGUGGUGUAGCCAUUGACAACAAAAUAGAACAAGCAAUGGAUCUGGUGAAAAGCCAUUUGAUGUAUGCAGUAAGAGAAGAAGUGGAAGUUCUAAAGGAACAAAUAAAAGAAUUAGUUGAAAGAAACUCUUUACUUGAACGAGAAAAUGCACUGUUAAAAUCUCUUUCAAACAAUGAUCAGUUAUCCCAACUCCCAGCCCAACAGGCCAAUCCUGGUAGCACUUCUCAACAGCAAGCAGUGAUAGCACAGCCUCCGCAGCCAACGCAACCUCCUCAGCAGCCGAAUGUCUCCUCAGCAUAAAGCUUUCUUAAGCCUCAUUAAGAAAAAAACUGAAAGCAAUCUAUCCUUGUGUGCCACUGGUGUUCUUUCCACUUUAUACGAAAGCAAGUAGCCAUGCUUCAAUUUUGUGUUUGGCCUUUUCAGUAUUAGACAAUCAUUCUACAAGAGCUUUUCCUCUGAGAUGUCAUGCAGCGCUGUUGUUGUCCAGUUCUAUAUCAUCAGUACACAAGGAGAAUAACAGAUGGGGUUUAUUAAAGUGAGCAAAGUCUGCAUUUUACCUGGUGCACAUGAGUAGGGUCUUUAAAGAGUUUUGGUGGCUCUCCCAUGUUUCCUACUACCCAUGGAUUUACCCUGAGCCUUCCUAUCACAUUAUAAAUAACAGUUCAUCUAAAGAGCCACUUUUCUUUCAAUAUCAGUAACAUUUGCCUACAUAAGUUUUCAUUUAUUUGUGUUUUAUUUAUUACAGGGCUGCUAUUUUCAUAAUGUACAUGAACAAUGUCACAGAAUUUUUUUAAUUUUUUUGAAUAAUUAUAAUUAUCAGUAAAGGAAUUGACAGACAGGAUUGCAUUUAAUAGAUAAAAUGUUUAGGCAAUAAUUGAACAAGAGAAUCCUGGCAUAUUUCUAACACUAAUGGCAAUUUACCUUUGGUAUUUAUUUUUAGUAGUAAAGACCCAGCUUGAAUGUAAAUUUUGUAUAGUGUAAGUAUGAAGAACAUAGUGCAACUGUACAGGUAGUCACCAGUUAUUGUGAUAUAAUAAAUAAUUGGGCUAUUUUGAUGAAGAAAACUUUGUUCAUUUGUUUCUACUUUCUAAUAGAGAAAUUGCCACAAUUCCUCUGCUUUUCAACAUUUCGUAUGACUUUUUUUUCGGGUGGGAAUAAAAAGCUGUGAAAUUGUUCAACCUACUUUGUAACCAAAGAAGCAAAGCUGUGUAAUGGAGUUGUUGUGGUUUUUUGGGGUUUUUGUUUGUUUGUUUUUUUAAUAUAUAAUGCACAUUCUUUAUGUAUUUUUAUUUAGUGUUUUCUCGGUCACAAUUUUCUUUGCUGUCUAGCAUGAUCUGCAUGACCUAUAAUCUUUGAACCACUUUCGUACCUCAUAUUUUUAUCCAGCACUCUUAUUGUAAUAUGUACUAGUCUGUGAACAAUGUCAAAUAAAAAAGAACGAACAGGUAGUAUGGUGGAGCUGAGCUAGUGUACAAUACACUAGUUGUAUUAAAAAAAAAAAAAAAAGAAGUGAGCCAUCUUUUCAUUUAAAAUGGUGUUUUGAAUUUCAUAUGCAGAAAACGUUUUGUUACAUUGCAGAUUUUAAUGUAUUUAAUAAAUGCAACAUGCAGAUUAAGUGCAGUGUAUACUGAGUAUUUAAAUUAAAAUGUACAUUUCAUAAAUACAGUUUCAAGAAAAAGCAUCAUUUUGUGUAUACUAACACAUUAAGUGUAUGUCAGAAGUUGAUGUAUAAAUAUAUAUUUUAACACAUUUUCUGAAAUUAAACUGCAGUUUUGUUGAAAUAUUUGGCUCUUUAUGUGUUCAAAAUUUGACUAGAUUUGUAUUUUCAACAGUUCUUUAAAUGAAGAGCUAUGUUAUUAAUGACAAUGAUAGUUCUUAAAUUUUCAAAGUAAAAAUUUAAAGAAUGCAA